AUGGGUUUUUCCCCCCCCCACCCCCCGAGUCUUAACUACGUGCCCCCGCUAGGGUCGCCGCCGCCGCCGCCUCCUGCGCCGUCGUCUCCGCCGGUGAAUGGCCCCGCGCGGCCCGCCCAACCCCGCAGCCAAUCGCAAGACUGCUUACUCAAACCGCCGCGCAGGCGCCGCGCCGCGCCCCGCACGCGCCGGAGGCCGUCAUUGGCCCGGCCGCGAGGCACGACGGGAGUUGUAGUUCCCGUCGCGCGCGACGUCCGGCUGCGGAGAGUCCCGCGUGCGAGGCGAACAGCCGGGAGGGACACGCCGGUGUCUGGGGACGGUGUGGUUGUGCAGCUGUGCCAAGGCCCGCCCGGGCCGCCGCCCAGACCCGAGAGGAUGGGAGUUUGGAAAACUCCUGUGAAAACUGAAGAAAGUGGAAAUAAAGAUAAUUGGAAUACGUUCUCUCUGGAGAUGGCAGUAUCUCAUGGGGAAUAAACUGCUGUCUACAUAGUUAAAAGACAAAGCAAAGGAAAUUGCCUAGAGUGUGUCAUUUGACAAGAAUCGGUAUCCAGCAACCUCUUAAGAGAUCUUGUUUCCUACCCUUGUCUCCAGAAACAGCCCUGUUUAUUCCUGGAGUCCACACUGCUAGUGUUGUAUGAUACCUGAUCAAAAACCUAGGCACUAAUAGCCCAGGCAUUUAUUUAGCCACCCAGGCCUUUAAUCCCAGCACUCAGGAGGCAGCAAAAGGAGAAAUGCUGUGAGUUCAGGACCACCCUAAGACUACAGAGUGAGUUUCAGGUUAGCCUAGACUAGAGCGAGGCCCCACCUCAAACACAUACACAUAAAAGAAAGAGUCCAACCAGUUUCUGCCUCAGGGCCUUUGUGCCUGCUCUCUGCAUUAUAGCCUCUCCAGAUGUGUAUGUGAUUUGUUCCCUCAGCCUUUCCAGCCCGCCCCCUCCUCCACCUAGCAGCCUGUAUUUUCUUUCCCUGUUGUUUUUCUCCAUAAUACUUGUCAUGUUUCUCUCACAUGUGAACUGUUUUCUCCUAUGAGGGACAAAGUGAUUGACUUUGUUCAUUGUUAUAUUCCCAGA